ACCCGAUCAAAUGAUAUCCUUACGGCUGCGAAGUGCAUCAGAACCCCUGGGUUGGCGAGGGAAACCUAUAUAUUUCUACAACGAAAGUGGAAAUGGAAUCGGCAGAGAGAAAGAGAGAGAGAAGGUAAUGGAGAUGGAAUCGGCAGAGAGAAAGAGAGAGAGAGUGUGAUGGAGUGUUCAUUGUUGUCUUCUUCUGUAUGAUCGUGGAAUGGCGUUGUCGUUGGAGAGAUACGAGAAAUUAGGGUUGAGAGAAUCAAUGUGUCGGGUGUACGAUUACACAUCGGCCUGCAAAGAGCUUAGCUUCAUUUUGAGAGGAGCUUACAGUAAAGUCCCCAAAAAUCUACAGUCUAUCAUGUUUCAAGACACCCUCACCGCUUUUCGCCUCCUUCCCAAUGUGCAUACAAGCCGUGGAGUUUCAGCUGCUAACCUCCUUCUCCAAGCAGCUGAAGUCGCAUUGCCUAAACAGAAAAGGGGGUUGGCUGUUACAGAGUUCAAGCAUGCUGUAGUUGCUCAGAAGAGACAUUUGAAAACCCAACAAGCUGAAGGAGGUUCAGAGCAGCUGCCCCAAGAUGUUCUUGCUCAUAUCUUCAGUUUUCUCGAUAUGCGUACUUUGGUUGCUGUUGGAUUAGUGUGCUGGUCAUGGAAUUCGGCGGCGAGUGAUAACAAGCUUUGGCAGUCACAAUAUGCUCUCUUUUUUGGCAAAUCCGAUAUAUGUUGUGAGAAUGAGGAGCAGAUUGGUAAACUGAGUGAAGACCAGUAUCAAAAGAAAGAAGACAUGGAUCCAGUAAUGCAUCUUGACUGGAGAGAGACUUUUAAAAGAACAUAUAUAGGCAAGUCAUCAUGGAGAUCUACAUCAAAUAGGGGAUAUUGUUGCUGUUGCAAAUCAAUAAUUUGGCUCAGCAAUAUGAAGUGUACCAGCUUACACCACACAGAUGAAAAGCAGCAACAGAAAAUUAAGCCUGUAUCACCUCAGCAGCAAUCACAGACCACAGUUUUCCUGAUCAGUACUGCUGUUGCCCUCUGGUUGGAAUUAUUUCUCACCAUUGAGAGACAGUUAGCAUGAAUCUGUAAGCAUUUCAGAAUUCAAAAUUUUGAAGAGUCCAUCUUGAAGUGCAAGUUAAAUUCGCACUCACCAUACUUGAAUCAUGGAGAUAUGUGCGCAUUGACCUCAUUGCAUCUGAGUGGAUGCUUCCUUUGAGAAAUCUUGUUGUUGUUUCCAUGGGAACUGUGCCUUGCUAACCAUGGAAACGUGUUUCGCAAAACAUGGCAAAGAUGUUCUUGGAACAGGAACUAAUUUUUGUCUGCAUCCGUUAAUAGUGUUCACAAGCCAACAACAAAAAGAAAAAAGGCAAGCCUCUGGGGUCACCUGGUAACAGUGCAUCAAAUUGCUUGAUGGAAAGAAGGUACACUGAUAGACAAGGCAUGUAUGACACGACAAGAACGAUGGCCAUGUUGACAUAUUUCAGAAGAGGAAUGCUAGUAUGCAUCAUGCGACUGAAUAUAACUUCUAUGUAGUAGGCUCACGGUGAACGUGGCAAGCACGUGGUGAUUGGAACUGUUGUUCUGGUUGGCCAUCAUGUGGAUAAGCCUUCAUCCCAAAAAAUUAAGUGCACUGGACUGAUGUAGCCAUCCAAUAUGACCUUCAAAAGGAACACUUAGAGCAGUGGUCCACAUUGAACCAUUAAAACUCACAGCUGGAUAGUCAGAGUCCUCCAAUCACCGCGAUUUUUUGGUCUAUAGCCAGCCCAUCUACUUAGUCUACCAGAUCAAUCACAGCAUGUUUGCCACCCGGCCUGAUUUUUUUUUCUUUUUAUUUUUUCUUUUUCUUUUUUGAAAGAUGAAUCAAUUUAUUAGGCAGAGCUGAAACAGAAAACAGAAGAGAAACAAACAAAACAAAACAAAAUCUGACGGAAAAAGAAAAGAGAAAGGGGAAAAAACCUAAACAAAGAAAACCCAGCCUGAUGAAUACUAGCAUUCCUCGAUCAUCUUACCAGAUUAAUCACCUCAUGUUUGAGCCAGUAGAAGCACUAACUUAGAAGCUUGGUGACUGGUGGUUAUUAUAUUAUUUUGCUGGAGGAAUUUGCACUGACCCCAGGGUGGGAUUCUUCUGGCUUGACAUCGAAUUUUGGCAUCCACACUUUACCACAUCUACUAGAAUUGUAUGCAUGAUUGUUGCCAGUCUG